GCACUGAACAGCUUAAUUUGCUGUCAAUAAACGAGACUGUGGCGUUGUGGCAUUUUCGUUCAAUCUCGAUGCAAAAUGGGAAAAAAUUGAAAUAAAAUGGUGAAAACUGAGAGUUGUGCACUGUGUUUUACCAGUAAAUCGAAAUGGUUUCUGGAUAUCUACAGCGAAGGAAAUCAGACAAUGGACAUGUCAGCCAUAAUAUCAAAACAUUUGUGGUUUGAUUUGAAACCUUGCGACCAAUGUUAUGUGUGUGCUGAUUGUUGGAAAAAUAUCUACGACUUUCAUUUAUUUUACUGCAAGUUGGAAAAACUACACUUAGAAACGAAUGAUCUCGAUUCCCGAACGGUACAGGUUAAUGUACAACCAGAUUUCGAGUUUCAUCCUAUAGACGAAGUAAAAAUUGAACCGCCUGAUGAGGAGGAAACACAUGAAAACAUUGAUGAAUCAAUUGAGAGUAGCAAACCAGAAAAUAAAACAGACGAAUCAUGUUUAUCGGAAAAAGUUCGACCUAAAAGAAAUGUCUCCACUCCUGUGGCAUAUAAGGCAGAAAAUGCAGCUUCUGAUCAUGGAGAUUUUGAUGCAGAUUUUCUAGCUGAUGAUGGUUUCGAUUUUGAGGAUGAUAACGAUGUUGAUUACACAGAAGAUGUUACGGACGACAAAACUAAAACAGUGGAGAAUCCAAAAAUAGUUAAGCGUCGUGGACGGCCACCGAAAAACGCAGGUAAGAAAGAAGGCAUAGGAAAUUUAGAUGAAGAAUUUGGCGAAAGUUCAAAGGAAAGUCACUCGCGUCAAAAAUCAAGGAAACAAAAGAAAAACAAAAAAGAAAAGGAUUAUGAUUCUGAUGCUACAUCAAAUGAAGUGGAUCGUAAAACAAGCGGCAGAAGAGCAAGAGACGAGCGUUUAUUUGCGCAUAUUACAGAGUUUGUGUGCUAUCUUUGCCCAGAUCGUGUUGAAUUUGACCGAUUUCACCAUGCCAAUUUACAUUACCGAGAAUUUCAUCAAGAACCAGCAUAUUUGAAAUGCUCAAAGUGCGAAAGAAAAUGUUUCACACCAGGUGGUUUCAUCAAUCAUAUGGAGACCCACGAUGACCCUGACAAAAACAAAUGCAAGAUUUGUGGCAAAGUGACAGAUCAAAAAAUAACGCUGAAGAAACACAUGCGCGCACAUCGCUUACAGAUGGAAGAAGAGUUACCGUUUCCAUGUAGGCAAUGCCCACGUCGGUUUGAAUUGGAAAGAGCACGAGACAAGCAUGAGCGCUUACACGGCAGAAAAAUUGUGAUAAAGCGUGAAAAGGGUCGUGAUGACGAGCUGAUUGAGUUUUAUAAAAAGAUUUCUUGUGACAUUUGCGACGAGGAAAAAAAUGAUGGAGUUACGUAUGAGAAUUUUUGGGAUCUUAAAAUUCAUAUGAUCGGCGAACACAAUAAAACGCCGUAUCUUAAGUGUCCGAUAUGUUUCAAAAAGAACGUUUGCCGUCAGCAAUUGUUGGUUCACGUAGAUGUGCAUGAAAAUCCUGAUCGCUAUAGGUGUGACAUAUGCGGCGAAGUAUUCCAAUUUCUUGAAAAGCACAAAUUUAAGGCCCAUGGUCGUGAGACAGAUCCGAACGAGAAAAAUUAUAGUUGCGAACAUUGUGGUAAAAUGUUCCGCUGUGUGAUUAAUCUCAAGAAUCAUAUAGAUCGAGUCCAUGCUAUCAAGGAUGUAACCUGCGAUAUCUGUAAUAAACCUUUCAGUAAAAAGGCAAUCAGCGCUCAUAAAAGGUCGGCUCACACCGAUGAGAUGUUCAUGUGUGAACAAUGCCCAAAAAUGUUCAAAACUCGUAGUGGUCUUGAAUCCCAUAAAAGUGAGCAUGAUGCAGAGUUGCGCAAACCGGUAAAGUGCGAACUUUGUGGAAAGGAGAUGCGUCGUGGUGCCAGCUUGACUAAACAUAUGAAAGUUAUUCACUCCCAAGAAGCCCCAGUCAAUUGCAACAUGUGUGGCAAACAAUUCCGUACUAAGUUUCACAUGGUUCGUCAUCGUACUAACACUUGCUCCGCAACUAUCAAUUCAAGACCGUUCAAAUGUGAAGUUUGUGGGAAAGGCUUUUCCAUGCGUCUGACGAUGACGGAGCACAUGACAACGCAUACAAGAACAAGCUUGUAUCAGUGUGCAUUUUGUUUUAAGACUUUUGGUUAUAUCUCUAAUCUGUAUAAACAUCGCAAGAAGGCUCACCCGGAAGAGUGGCAAGAAGUUCAAUCAAGACCUGAUCAAGGUAUCGCAACGGUUAUUGAAAUAAGAAAUUAAUAUUACAUAGUAAUUAAACUUAAAUAUACAAUAGACAUGUAUAAACA